CAAAGAUGGCGGUGGCGUUUCGAGCUUCGUAGAGUUUGAUUGUAUAUUUUUGGCUUUUUAAAUGAGUAUCAUCUUCAGUCAGUAGUCACAGUCUUUCCUGUAUGCAGUAGUUUUGCUGCCUUUUUAUGUGUAAAGUUGUAAAAUGAGCGGCUGGGCCGGUUUUUCUGAUGAGGAGCUGCGGAGGAUGCAGCAGAGAGACGCAGCGGGCGCCGCAGCGGCAGCCCGCGGUCGGAAGCCGGCUCCAGCCAACCGGAGUCGGCAGCAGCUACAGCGGGAGAGGGCCCUUCAAGUCGCCGCUCAGAAAAAUGCAGGAGCCGGGUCCCCUGGCCUUCCACCGGAGCAGCAACUCACCAAGCCGCCGCCACCACCACCGAAGGAAGAGCCCCAGCCUGCAGCUCCAGCAGGAGCUCGGUCCGUCAGACUGGACGUGCAGCCGAAGGCCAGCGAGGUGAAGCCGAGUGAAAACUGCCAGCCGGCUGCAGAGGAACAGACCCCGGUUAUCAAAGAGCUGGAGAAACAAGAGGUGGAACUGCGGGAAAAGACUCGUUUGGAGCAACUACAGCAAGAGCAAAAAGUAAUCGAAGAGGAGAACAAACGCAAGAAAGCUCUGCUGGCAAAAACUAUCGCUGAGAAAUCCAAACAGACUCAGGCGGAGGCUGUGAAGCUGAAGAGAAUCCAGAAGGAGCUCCAGGCCCUCGACGACAUGGUGUCCAAUGAUAUCGGCAUCCUGAGAGGAAAGAUAGAACAAGCCAGCUGGGACUACACUGCAGCCAGAAAGCGUUACGAGAAGGCCGAGGCCGAGUAUGUGAUGGCCAAGCUGGACCUGCACAAGAAGACGGAGGUGAAGGAGCAGCUGACGGAGCACCUCUGCGCCAUCAUCCAGCAGAACGAGCUGCGUAAAGCCCACAAACUGGAGGAGCUGAUGCAGCAGCUGCAGCUUCAGGCCACUGAGGAGGAGCUGCAGAGGCAGAAAGAGGAGGAGGAGGAGGAGGAGAAGAGGAGAAGCUGUGCGGAGAAUCAGAGAGACAGGAAAGAGGGAAACGGUUCAGUGCAGAAUCCGGAGGAAGCAGUGCAAUCAACCAAAGACUGUAAACCCCCAGAGGAAGAGGCUGUGAAGGAGGAGAAGGGAGGAGACGUCCAGCAAGAGCACAAACCUAUGAUUGAACCACCAAAGACCGAACAGGACUGUAAAACACUAAAAAAUGGCGUUCAGAGUGAGACUGUGGCCUCCUGAUGCUCGUAGAGGAGAUGAUCACAUAUUCUCCACUGUGGGCAUCAAUAUGAAACUCUACCAACGAUUUCCAGUAACACUGUCAGCUGGAUAAACUGUCUUUGAGCUACAGGUACUCUGUAUGUCCUGAACACCUGUAUUCUGGACAUACAGACUGGCACUGCAUGCCAGUGUCUUAAAUAAUCUUGCUUCCUACAAUAUCUGCACAUGGUAACUCAAGUAUGGAGACACUAUACUACACUACACUACACGAGGAUACACUCCUGCACUGGCACUGACCGUAAAUCUUGAGGUCCGAAUGAAUCCAAUAUGGCCUUAUGGAUUCUGGGCCAUAAAGAAAACUGAACCCAUGUGAUGUUACGUCUCUUCUAAACUGUGUGAGCAGUGCAUAUAUACAUAGUUCACAGGAGACAGGAUCGGUCCAUAGAACCAGCAUGGCAUCAAAUGUCUGGCUUUUUCCUGAAUCUUGCUGACGUCUUCUUUGAUCGUAUAUUUCAUGAUUUAAAUCCAAAUGGUUCCAAGUUCACGUGAAUCUGACGGUUAAGAUUUUAGAACUUUGAUUUCUUUCCUUAAAAAAAAAAAGGUUUUGUAGAAAGUUCAGAUAUAAAUAAAGCAUAGCUUCAGUGUCUGCACUGAAACUUGAGCAUGUUAUCGG